ACUCCACAGAUAAGGUACAAAAAUAUGUCCAGUCCUAGGAGGAAGCUGCACAACUGGGAAACUGGCUUGUUGCGCGGACCUGCCAUCUAGUGGUGAAACUAUCACAUUAACUUGUUGUUUUGUGUACCGCUAGCUGAUGAGCCAUGAAGUAAAACAAGCUGAAUUUAAUUUGAAACGCAUGAUGACGUCAAACUUAACAGGACACUGAAAUAAAAAGUCUUCCUAGAAAUGUUUACAUCUAGAUAGCCGGCAGUCAUCGCUGCUGCACGGACUGCUUAAAUCCGGACUGCUGUGGAGCAGGGCUGCUUUAGCAGCCAGCCAAGAUGGACACCGCUGAGGAAGCCGAUAUCUGCCGGGUAUGUCGGUCAGAGGGGACCCAGGACAAGCCCCUUUACCACCCUUGUGUUUGCACCGGCAGCAUCAAGUUCAUCCAUCAGGAAUGCUUACUGCAGUGGCUGAAACACAGUAGAAAAGAAUACUGUGAAUUAUGCAAACACAGGUUUGCAUUUACACCAAUCUAUUCUCCAGACAUGCCAUCUCGCCUGCCUGUGCAGGACAUCUUUGCAGGGCUGGUCACCAGUAUUGGAACAGCCAUCAGAUACUGGUUCCACUACACACUGGUGGCCUUUGCCUGGCUAGGUGUGGUACCGCUCACAGCAUGUCGUAUCUACAAGUGUUUAUUUACCGGCUCUGUGAGCUCUCUCCUUACCCUGCCAUUAGAUAUGCUUUCAACGCAAAACCUGCUUGCUGACUGCCUCCAAGGCUGUUUUGUGGUCACAUGCACACUAUGUGCCUUCAUCAGCCUGGUGUGGCUCAGAGAGCAGAUUGUGCAUGGAGGCGCUCCUCAGUGGUUAGAGCAAAAUCAACCCCCACUGGUUCCUAAUCAGCCCAACGGCCCUGCACCAGCUAAUCAGGGUGUGGGCGGUAACGCUGCAGCCAAUGCUCAGGAUCCUGCAGAUGCUGAAGCUGCCCAGAAUCCUGCAGAGCUUGGUCCAGAUGGGCUGGCGCCUGCUAACGUGCAUGUAGCUGGCAACCAUGAUGAGGCAGAACUGGAUGAUGAUGAAGACGAUGAUGAUGAUGAUGAAGGGGAGGAUGAUGACGAGGAAGAAGAGGAUGAUGAAGGGAGGGAGGAAGAUGCUGCCGAUGCCAAUGAAGGAGGACAAGAAGAUUUGAACUGGAAUGCACUGGAGUGGGACCGUGCAGCAGAGGAGCUGACCUGGGAGAGGAUGCUGGGGCUGGAUGGUUCCCUAGUUUUCUUGGAACAUGUGUUUUGGGUGGUGUCUCUCAACACACUCUUCAUUCUGGUCUUUGCAUUUUGCCCAUAUCACAUUGGUCACUUCUCAGUGGUUGGACUUGGUUUUGAAGACUAUCUCAAAGCCUCACACUUUCACGGCCUUAUCACCACCAUACUGGGGUACAUCCUCCUGGCUGGAGUCCUUAUUGUCUGCCAUGCCCUGGCUUCAUUAGUGAAGUUCCAGAGGUCCAGACGCCUGCUGGGUGUCUGCUACAUUGUUGUCAAGGUGUCCUUACUGGUUUCCAUGGAGAUAGGCUUGUUCCCACUUAUUUGCGGCUGGUGGCUCGACAUUUGUUCACUGGAGAUGUUUGAUGCCACUCUGAAGGACAGGGAGCAGAGCUUUGACUCUGCUCCUGGCACCACCAUGUUCCUCCACUGGCUGGUCGGUAUGGUCUACGUCUUCUACUUUGCCUCCUUCAUCCUUUUGCUCAGAGAGGUGCUCCGGCCAGGUGUGCUGUGGUUCUUGAGGAACCUGAAUGAUCCAGACUUUAACCCAGUCCAAGAGAUGAUCCACCUGCCCAUCUAUAGACACCUGCGGAGGUUCAUACUCUCUGUGGUGGUGUUUGGCUCCAUUGUUCUCCUGAUGCUUUGGCUUCCUAUAAGAAUCAUCAAGCUGCUGUUCCCAAACUUUCUUCCCUACAAUGUCAUGCUUUAUAGUGACGCCCCGGUCAGUGAGCUGUCGUUGGAGCUGCUGCUGCUUCAGGUGGUUCUGCCAGCACUGUUGGAGCAGGGCCACACUCGCCAGUGGCUCAAGCGCCUCAUCCACGCCUGGACGUUCACAGCUGGAUAUGUGCUUGAUCUUCACUCCUACCUGCUGGGAGACCAUGAAGAAGAUGACAACCAACAAAAUAACCAUCCUGGUCGCGUUAACAACAACCGGAUCCCGGGCCUCGGGGAAGGGCUUCACGCUGCCCAUCAGGCCAUUCUGCAGCAGGGUGGCCCCGUUGGUUUCCAGCCGUACCACCGGCCCAUCAACUUCCCCAUGAAGAUCAUUCUGUUGGUUGUCUUCAUGUGUGUCACACUGUUAUUAGCAAGUCUGAUCUGCCUCACACUGCCAGUGUUCGUGGGUCGUUGGUUGAUGUCCUUCUGGAUGGGCAGCGCCAUGGUUCAUGAGCUGUACACAGCAGCCAGCGGUCUAUACGUCUGCUGGCUGUCCAUUCGAGCUGCCACGGUGUUGCUGUCUUGGAUGCCACAGGGACGGACAGUCAUCAUGCUCAAAGUCCACGAGUGGACGCUCAUGAUCCUUAAGACGGUGGUGGUAGCCCUGCUGUUAGCUGCGGUAAUUCCUCUGCUGUUGGGUCUGCUGUUUGAGCUGGUCAUUGUUGCUCCUCUCAGAGUGCCACUAGACCAGACGCCUCUCUUCUACCCCUGGCAGGACUGGGCGUUGGGUGUGCUUCAUGCUAAAAUCAUCGCUGCUAUAACACUGAUGGGCCCUCAAUGGUGGCUUAAAACCGUUAUUGAGCAGGUGUAUGCUAACGGCAUCAGAAAUAUUGACCUCCAUUUCAUUGUGCGUAGGCUGGCUGCCCCAGUCAUCUGUGUGUUGCUGCUAUGUCUCUGUUUGCCCUACACAGUCUCUAAAGGUGUUACACCACUGUUAGGAGUACAACCAGAGAUGCAGACACUUGUGGAGAGGAGAAUCUAUCCGUUCCUGCUCAUGGUCUUCAUCCUAUUGGCCAUCCUGUCGUUUCAGAUACGACAGUUCAAACGCCUCUACGAACACAUCAAAAAUGACAAGUACCUGGUUGGACAGCGACUGGUGAACUAUGAACGUAAGGCGGGCAGGAGCGUGUCCUCCUACAGCACCUCCUCAUAGACUGAACCGUGCUGUGGAAUCAGUGGAGCAUACUCACACUAGCCCAUCACCAGUAGCCACCAUCAACGUAUUGUGAUGAAACCUCUUUUGUUUUCUUCCUGCUCGGCUGUCGGCUGCACUGUUUACAGGCUGCGUUUGAAGCAGAGUCCUUUAAUUCGGCCCGACACACCGCAGUCACAGGGACAGGUUAGAGAGGGAAGGCAGACGGAUCCUGAUCACCAAACCUGCAGAAGCUGUCAGAGUGACUGAAACUCGUCAACUGUCCAUCCUGGUAAACGUUCAUGUCCAACGCAGCUGAAGUUUUCAUUUGUAUUUCACUUGUUUUUAAAAGGCUUUGUGUUGAAGUCAGCUUUUUUUACCUCAGACUGUGCUUCCCUUUGAGUGAAUGUUGUAAAGUAGUGUCUGGGUCACUUUGUUUAGACCUGUACAUAACCACAACAAGAAUCCCUCUCUGUUCCUGUGUGCAUCAACAAGUUUUCCUCACCUUCCUUUAUCAGAAUGAAGUAGUCAGUGAUGAGGAGAGACAUGAAUGACGUAGCAAUGUGAUUGUAUUAUUUUUAUUUAUUUUUUUUUUUUUAAGUGGUUUUUAUUAGAUGUGUGCGUUCAUAUAUUUUUAGCCUUGUAUAUUUCUUGAGUGAGCUGGUAGAUAACCCUUUGAGAAUUAGAAAAAAUGAAAAUUGCAUUUCUUUAUGGCCACACUCGCCAAGGACGGGCUCCUGUGGUUUGUUUUUGGAGGCAUGGGCCUGUAAGUUUGGACAUCAGUCUGGUUUU